GGCUCCUCGGCAGUCGCUGGAGGCUGAGGAAGCCGUCCGGAUUUCCUCGGCUGGUUUCGGGGCCUCCUGAUCAGGGAGCUCCACGGAGCCUCACAAAGCCCCUGUGGUUCUGGAUGUGGGCCUCCAGGCAGAACCCUGAGGGCCCGGCGGGCCGCUGACGGGGAUCUGGAUGCGGGGCAGAGGGAGGUCCGCCUCGGCCAAUGUGCACCUGGGUCUCAUCUGCCUGCUCCUCCUCCUCCUGCCUCCGCGACCGGCAGCCAGACUCUGCACCCAGGACCUCCUCCUCCGGGUCCGGAACCUCAUCAAAAAAGCCCCCCAGCAGAAGGAGCUGUGUUCUAGACUCUACACGCCCUCCGUCCUCGACUAUGAGAAGAAAACCCUUGGCUCCACCCUGAAGUGUUUCGGUGAAGAGAUCAAAGUCCUCCUUGACGAGUGGGCGACUGCUGGUUUUUUCAUAUACAAAGGUUUCAGAUUUAAAUCCAGGAUUGAAGAUCUCGCGGUGAAGUUGAACCUCACGGAGGCCGAGGGUCUGAAGUGUGAACGUCACAACGAGGAAAGUGCAGAAAAGUUCCUGAAUGAACUUCAACUGACUUUUCAGAGGAUAAACAACGAUUACAGAUGCUAAUAAGGACUUCUAAAAAGACAGUUUUCCUCGUCAUUAACUUUUCAUAUCACCUGGGCUCAGGUGUUCAGAGUAGAAGAACAUGGAAGUAGAUCAUGUUCCUGUAGAAACAGGAAGUAGAU